AUGAAGCAUAUCUAUGCCUCGUUCUUAUUUUUCCUCUCUGUCGCAGCGACAAGUCGUUUGACCGCCCCGUCGGGCGCCAUUAUCGUUGCAAAAUCAGGAGGAGACUAUGAAACUAUAAGUGAUGCAGUUGACUCACUCAGCACGACAACUACCUCGGAUCAAACUAUUUUCAUCGAAGAGGGCACGUACAACGAGCAAGUCUACAUUCCUAGUUUGGGCGGAAAUCUCAUCAUUUACGGACAGACUGAGGACACGAGCGACUACUCAGCGAAUCUCGUCACGAUCGCGAAUGACAUAGGCCUCUCCAGCGUCGACAAUGACGAUGAAACUGCAACCUUGCGAAAUUACGCGGAGAAUUCCAAGGUCUACAACAUUAAUGUCGCCAAUACCUACGGAGAAGGAGAGCAGGCUCUAGCGUUGAGUGCCUAUGCGAACAACCAGGGAUACUACGCUUGCCAGUUUACAGGUUACCAAGAUACCGUUCUCGCCGAAACAGGCAACCAAGUUUACGCCAAAUGCCUCAUCGAGGGUGCAGUUGACUUUAUAUUCGGCCAGCAUGCUACUGCCUGGUUUGACCAAUGCGAUAUCCGUGUCCUUAGUGCUAGUCUGGGGACUAUCACUGCCAACGGGCGUUCGUCUAGCUCUGAUGCGUCUUUCUAUGUCAUCAAUGAAUCGACAAUAGCUGCUGCAGAUGACAAUUCUGUAUCUGCUGGCGCCUAUUAUCUAGGUCGCCCAUGGAGCGAAUAUGCUCGCGUUGUUUUUCAAUACACGUCCAUGACCGACGUGAUAAACAGCGCGGGCUGGGAAGAAUGGUCAUCGAGUGAUCCACGAACCUCAGACGUGUAUCUUGGCGAGUACGACAACAGUGGCGAUGGUGCUUCUGGAACGCGUGCUAGUUUUGCGACAGAGCUUACUUCGCCAGUUGAGAUCUCUUCGAUAUUGGGAAGCGAUUACACAGACUGGGUUGAUACAGAAUAUGUCUCUUGA